GGGGACAACAUUCAGGAGUGUACCAGGCCCCAGAGGCAGCGGCAAGGGAGACUGUGGGGAACUGGGAGCAACAGCAGGCAUGGACCAAAGCAGUGAAGGAUGUAUGAAAAAGAUUAGCAGUGUGAAUCUUGACAAACUUAUAAAUGACUUCUCACAGAUAGAAAAGAAAAUGGUGGAAACCAAUGGAAAGAAUAAUAUACUGGAUAUUCAGUUGGAAAAGAGUAACUGUCUAUUAAAAGUAAUGCAAGCAAAGGAGGUCUCAAUUAAAGAAGAAUGUGCUACUCUUCAUAAUAUAAUAAAAGGGCUACAACAGACCAUUGAAUAUCAACAGAAUUUAAAAGGUGAAAAUGAACAACUAAAAAUAAGUGCUGGUCUUAUAAAAGAGAAGCUAAAGUCUCAUGAACAGGAAUAUAAGAAUAAUAUUGCCAAACUUGUAAAUGAAAUGAAAAUCAAAGAGGAGGGAUAUAAGAAAGAAAUAAGCAAACUUUAUCAGGACAUGCAGAAAAAAGUUGAAUUAAAUGAAGAAAAGCACAAAGAACUAAUAGAGAAAAAGGAGAUGGAAAUUUCAGAGUUAAAUGCAAAGCUAAGAAGUCAAGAAAAAGAAAAACAAAAUGAAAUAAUCAAGCUACAACUAGAAUUUGAUGCCAAACUAGCAAGAGUUCAGACUAAAUCAAAAUCGUAUCAGGAUUCUACUGUUUUGCCACAAAGUAUCUACAGAAGGAAACUUCAACAUUUUCAAGAAGAAAAAAACAAGGAGAUUGCAAUUCUUCGUAAUACCAUUCGCGAUUUAGAGCAACGCCUUUCUGUUGGCAAAGAUUCUCACCUUAAGCGUAGACGGUUUUGAGCUUAGCAGUAAAUUCAUUAGUUGGUAUUUAUUUAAAAGCAAUUGAAAGUUUCACUUCUAUUUUCAAUAGACACAUACAGCCUACAUAACAAACAAAGUCAGCUUUAAGGUUUUUAUUGAAUUUAUUUGGACAAAUCCAUACUGUAUCCAAUUGUGUACUGCAUUCUUCCUUAAUAGUAUUAACCAUAAAGGAGGUCAGGUUUAUAGGGUUUGGUUUACCUAUUAAACCAUCAUUGACUAUGGAAAUACUUACUAAGCAAUACAGAGACAGACAAUAUUAUCUUUCCCCUUAUAUCUUUUAAGACAGCCACUCAAGUUUUAGAAGAGUGUGAUACAACAUUAUAGAAAGAAAGAGACAAAGGCUUUAUUCAUGUGUGAUAGUAAAAAUCAGGAUGAGUCUUAGAUAUACAAAAGAUAAAUGGAUAUUUAAAAUAGUUAUAUAUGCUUUUUUAGCAAAAUAUUCACUUGUUAAGUAUUUCUGGAUCUUAAAAUACAAAAUCCACUUCUUUUAUUAGUUAAAAGUAGAAGACUGAAAAGACAAAGUAAUGUUGUUUUGAGAGAUAAGUAAAGAAAAAAAUGGAAAGCAUGUCUUUGUUGUUCUUCCUCCAUUCUAAAUUGCUAACUAUCCAACAGAAACCCCUAGGUCAUAGUUUACGUUUCUAUUCUCAUUAAAGCAAAUAGAACACUGG